CAACACUCUCGACUCUGAAGAGGUUUCCGCAUGGCGGCAUUGUGUGGCAUUUACUAUGGCGUCCGAACUCCUCUGAAAUUCGACUCCACCUCCACCUCCACCAGGGUUUUUUCCUUUCAAGCUCUCAAAUGGACCACCACCAGGUCCACCACCAGGCUUCGAUUCACUUUCCCCCAUUUUCCUCCACUCUCUGCAGUCCGUAAUGCCGGUGGUGCUAGGUGUUCCCCACUCGCUUGCUCCAGAAGAACCCAACAGGGGGAGGACGGUUUAUCUACUUCAGAAGGCGAGAGGAUCAGUGCCCCUUAUGAUGGCCUUAGCAAUGUUGCUGUGCCUCACAAUUGCAUUUCUGCAGGUAAUCCAGAAGAAAUAACCCAGGGCCCUGAAACUUAUGUAUCCUCCAUUAGAACUGUUGCUUUAUGGGUGUGCAUGGCUGUGAUAUUUGGUGUUGGUGUGGGGUUUAAAGAUGGAGUUGGCAAGGCAUCGGAGUUUUUUGCUGGGUAUUUAUUGGAGCAAAGUUUGUCCGUGGACAAUCUAUUUGUCUUUGUUUUGAUUUUCAAGUACUUUCAAGUACCAACAAUGUAUCAGGGUCGGGUUCUUUCAUAUGGUAUUGCUGGUGCAAUUAUCUUUCGUUUGUCAUUGAUACUUCUAGGAACCGCCACCCUUCAGAGGUUUGAAGCAGUAAACCUAUUAUUCGCUGCAAUACUUCUGUUCUCAUCAUUCAAGCUAUUUGCUGCUGAUGAAGAUGAGACAGACCUAUCUAACAACUUUGUAGUGAAGACAUGCCAGAAAUUCAUUCCUGUGACUGCUAGUUAUGAUGGCAAUCGAUUCGUAACAAUUCAAGAUGGUGUCUGGAAAGCCACUCCUUUACUCCUUACAGUAGCAGUUAUUGAGCUCAGUGACAUUGCAUUUGCUGUCGACUCAAUACCAGCGGUUUUUGGUGUUACACGGGAUCCUUUCAUAGUUUUUACAUCUAAUCUCUUUGCCAUUUUAGGUUUGAGGUCACUUUACACACUUAUUUCUGAAAGCAUGUCAGAAUUGGAGUAUCUACAGCCAUCCAUUGGUGUUGUUCUGGGCUUUAUUGGGUGUAAGAUGAUCUUAGAUUUCUUUGGAUUCCAUGUAUCAACUGAGGCUUCUCUCGGUUUUGUUGCUACAAGUCUUGGUGCUGGGGUACUGUUGAGUCUAAUGAAGAAAUCUGACUAGCCAAAGGAGCUGGGACAGUUGAUUGAUUUCUUUUAAAAUUUACAACAGGCAGUCACAUUGUUGCUCUUUGUCUGUUCCAGUCCAAAAUUUACAAUCAGCCACCAACUGUGAAACUGAUAUUUAUCUGGCUUUGAUGGUAAUAAUAGAUUUCAUUGACUAUCAUUAUAAUUA